AUUAUGAAAAAAAAAAUUAAUAUCAACCCAAGAGUUGUAGUAUGACCAGCAGGAGUCAGUUGCUGGCUGCAGUAAAUUUGUUGAAUAUUUGUGUCUCUUCGCUGUUUGCAGAGGUUUUGCUAUUUGCAGACGGUCCCUGUUCACUCGUAGCACAGCCGGCUGCUCAUAGACACCAAUGUUAUUCCUGCAGCUUGAAAGACAGCGACUUUUGAUUAAACUGGGCUUGUAGCACAUUGUCUAGCUUACAACGAUGGAAAAGAGGCACCGUUUAUGUUUAGACAACGUAUAUUUAAUGAGUUACUGAUGCCGGAAGUCCGAAUUUAUGAAUAUAUUUCCGACUUUACCAAACUGUUUUGUUUCCUGACGUCGUCAUAAUUCGCUGAUUUCAUGCUGUCAUUUACGAGCAUUUCACUACAAAUAACAUAAUUCUGUCUUGUCCUUUAAUAAAACCAAAUUUAAGGUAACUCUCGAAGUAUAGCCGGAGUUUUUAGGUACUGAUGAAUCUUCACCUGUUCUGCGUUUUUCAGACGUCGUUCCCGUCAGUAAUUUUCUAACUGCACACAAACUAAUGAAUCUGGAUGAACUCGAAGCCAACCUGAAGAAAACGUGGAGAGAAGUUGAAAGGUCAAGGAGGUGUGGCCAUCGAAGCAGCAAAGGAUUUUUGAAGAAAAAAAAUGUUUUAUAGGUAGACUUGUGAUGACACAGUCCUUCCUUCAUGGCAGGACUCGGCCCGAUUUUCUCCUACACACGAUUCAUCUGGACUGGAAUCGGCACAGCGAGCAACUACUACAACAACAAAUACGGCAGCAUUGUCCGGGUUUGGAUCAACGGAGAGGAGACCCUCAUUCUGAGCAGGUCGUCUGCGGUGUACCAUGUUCUGAGAAGCGCCCACUACACGUCCAGGUUUGGCAGCAAGAGAGGACUCGAGUGUGUCGGCAUGCAAGGGAGGGGGAUCAUUUUCAACAGUGACAUUCCUCUGUGGAAAAAAGUGAGGACAUAUUUCUCUAAAGCUCUGACGGGCCCCGGCCUGCAGAGGACUGUGGGAAUCUGUGUGAGCUCCACAGCCAAACACCUGGACAGCCUGCAGGACAUGACCGACUCCUCUGGACAUGUGGACGCCCUCAAUCUCCUGAGAGCCAUCGUGGUGGACAUCUCCAACAGGAUGUUCCUCAGGGUGCCACUAAACGAGAAGGACCUGCUGAUGAAAAUCCACAACUACUUUGAGACCUGGCAAACAGUUCUAAUAAAGCCUGAUAUAUUCUUCAGGAUGGGAUGGCUGUAUAACAAGCAUAAGAGAGCAGCUCAAGAGCUGCAGGAUGUGAUGGAGAGCCUGCUUGAAACGAAAAGAAAGAUCAUUAAUGAAGCCGAGAAGCUGGAUGAUGAGCUUGAUUUUGCAACGGAGCUCAUCUUCGCCCAGAACCACGGAGAGCUUUCGGCAGAUAACGUCCGGCAGUGUGUGCUGGAGAUGGUGAUUGCAGCCCCUGAUACACUUUCCAUCAGCCUCUUCUUCAUGCUGAUGCUUCUGAAACAGAACCCAGACGUAGAGCUGCGGAUAGUGGAGGAGAUGAACUCUGUCCUGAGUGAAAAAGCUGUGGAAAAGAUCGACCAUCAACGUCUGAUAGUGCUGGAGAGCUUUAUCAACGAGUCUCUGAGGUUCCAUCCUGUGGUUGAUUUCACGAUGCGUAAAGCUCUGGAAGACGACGACAUCGAAGGCACCAAAAUCAGGAAAGGAACCAACAUAAUUCUCAACAUUGGUCUCAUGCAUAAGACUGAAUUCUUCCCCAAACCAACAGAGUUCAGCCUGAUGAACUUUGAAAAAACAGUACCCAGUCGCUUUUUCCAACCCUUCGGCUGUGGGCCUCGCUCCUGCGUGGGCAAACACAUCGCCAUGGUGAUGAUGAAGGCCAUCCUGGUCACCCUGUUGUCUCGUUACACGGUGUGUCCUCGCCAAGGCUGCACCCUUGACAGCAUCAGGCAGACCAACGACCUGUCACAACAGCCCGUGGAGGACGAGCACAGCCUGGCCAUGCGCUUCAUCCCUCGAACAACACAACCUCAGCACAGUCGGCUCUGAAACACGAGGACACUUUCACAUACUGGAGGAAAACAUGUUAGUGUUGCUUAUGCUGAAGUGAGUAGCUGCCAAACUGAAGGUGGUAGACCUGCUGGAAUGUAGAUAUUAUCUAAGCCAAGAAAAAAUAUUCUUAUAUCAUGGACUAACAUUAACAUGUAAUUUGCAUUAACACGACAGAUGUUUUGCUAACUUUGACAUGACUAAACAACUUUAAACGGUUGAAGGUUCUAGCUGAUACAGAGCAUAGGAAGUGCAGUCCUCUGGCCCAUUUAUCACAAUGUAGAAGCACAAGGAUGAUAUUGGUAAAGAUUGUUUUGUUGUCUACAUGUAAAAAAAUAUUAACUAUGACUAUCAGCAUCAUAAAGGAGUCCUGACAUCC